AUGGUUACCGUUGGCUAUAUUGCUCCAGUGGCCGAGUUGCUGAAGUACAAAAAGCAAAGCGCCUCGACCUACGACGAGGGUGGCCGGACGAAAACGAAGCGAGUGCCGACGGUGAAGAAGGAGCUGAGCACCCAGAAGGAGAUCCUGAUCGGGAACAACGAGACGCAGGUGCCCAAGAGCCUCCUACCUCCAGAGGAUCCUGCGAAUCGUCUGAACGAGGAAACCGACGCGAUCCGGAGGAGGAACGUGGGAUCGAACGGGGUGGCCGAGUUGCUGAAGUACAAAAAGCAAAGCGCCUCGACCUACGACGAGGGUGGCCGGACGAAAACGAAGCGAGUGCCGACGGUGAAGAAGGAGCUGAGCACCCAGAAGGAGAUCCUGAUCGGGAACAACGAGACGCAGGUGCCCAAGAGCCUCCUACCUCCAGAGGAUCCUGCGAAUCGUCUGAACGAGGAAACCGACGCGAUCCGGAGGAGGAACGUGGGAUCGAACGGGUCGCCGAAGCCGGAGGAUCGAUCCUACCCCGAGAGAUCAGAGGGGGAGGAAGAGAUCCUGGAGAGCAGCGAAUACCCAGAGUCGCGGAAGGUGCCGAAGAAGUUGGACAAGAGGCAAGAAACAGUGCUGAAGAAUCUGCAAUCCUACUUGCUGACGGAGUACGCGAACGAGGAGAAGCAACGACAGAAGCUGCACGAACUGUGGGCUCGGGAAAACGCUCUGUUGGAGAAGUUGCUGCAGCUUCUGGCGAAGGUAGCCGAGAACCCGGGCCGCUGGGACCGCGAGCAGGAACUGCAGGCGAACUUGGGAGACGAUCCAAAGGGGUCCAGGGUCGAAUUGGACCCGGCGAAACGCAGCUACGAGUCCACGCCGAGCCUGUUCACCAGCACGUCGCAGUCCGCGAGCGAGUCGAGGCAGUCGAGGAAGAAGCUGAAGAAGAAGAAGAAGUCGAGUCACAGAUUUUCCACGACCACCUUGAUGUCAGUGCCAGCGACACCCUCGUUGCUCACCACCACGGAAACACCCUGGCAAACGACGCCUGUUCAGUGGCGUCUGGUAGCCGAGAGACUCUUCAACUCACCGACCUGGCAACAGGAUCUCCAGGCCGAGAAAGCCGUCAGUCCGCGAUUCUCGGCUCAACAGAGCGCCAGGAGCCUGGCUGCCACCAGAGAGCUGAUCGAACAGAACAAGUCUAGGAGCAACCCCAAGACCUACUCACCCGAUAGGAAACCGAUACUGUCGGACCAAGUUGGCGAACUCGGAAAUCAAAGGCUGAUGCGGUUUGGCAAGAUUGCGGCUCGUCAGCCUGGUCACGUCCAGCCCAGGGAGUUCGCGAGCGUGUACGACAGGCCUACAGACCUGGAACGCGUGCCGGACUACGAUAUACCCGAGUCGUAUCACCGAUCGCGAUACAGCCAACUGCCACCGACCACCCGCGAGUACCUGCGAAGACUCGAGGAAGAGGAUCAAGGCGACCUGGACGAUGCGGCCUUCCGACGAGAUCAGGAGCACCAAUCGCAUCCUCGAGACUUCGCGUUAAGCAAGAGCUGGCCAGAUCUGUCCUACGGGUACAAUCCAUCCUGGAGGACGGAGGAACGUCCAAUGUUGCCUAGAAGACAGCCCGCGAGCGACACCAAGUACUGGCCUCAGCGGGGGAGCUUCUUGCCAGUUAAUAAGAGCUACUGGUCCGCUUUGGAGAACGAGGAGGAGGCGGAACAGGAAGCGGAGGCAGAGAAGAUGUGGCAGCAACAGCGAGUGCAGAAUUCCUGGAACAGGGACAGGUCCAGCUGGCCGGUGGAGAAGCCUCUGAAGGUGCCUCUGCCGUGGCAGCAGGAUGAGAGACCGGGGAAGCAGUACGAUCGUGAUCAGAACGGUGUCUGGGAGAAGAGCAAGAACCGGUCAGAGUCGAGUAGAUCAGCGCUGAAGGAGGAGAACAAGGAGAAGGUCGUGCUGCCGCAAAUCACGAUGAAAACGUGGAACAGUCUGACCUCCGACCCGGCUACUUGGCCGCACAAGCUACCCGGCGCUAAGCCGUGGCCAAAAGACGAGAAUGGGAAGUCGUACAACCCCAACGCCGACUUGGUGAAGAAGUUAGGCCUGGACCAGCAGACUAGUGGCGCCUGGGUGAAAGAAGACGCUGAGAAGUCGAACGGCGAGAGGAAGCCGAAGGACGAGAAGCAGAACAGGCUGUUCUCGAGCAAGGAGUUCGCGAAGGAGGAGAAAGUGGCUCGCACCGAUGGUCCCAAGUACAAACCCAACGACGAUAGGAGCAAUUUCAGCGACUACAAGGCGAGGUCUGGUGAAUCGAUGAAAUCCUGGGCGAUGCUGUCGGACUCGAAGGAUUCUAAGGAAUGGACGAAGAGCGAAGAUAUGCAGGGUGACGAUGCCGGUGCUUGGAGGAGAAAGUACGAGGAGAAAAGCCCGUGGCCCGACGAAGCCGCCUUGCCCAAGAUCCAAUCCGUGGGCGCCUGGGUGAUGGCAGCCGACCAAUCUACCUGGAAGCCUUACCAGAUGAAACCGAUGGAACCCUCCGACGAGAAUACCUCUCGAAGAUGGUCCAAGCCACUCGGUAGAUCAAACACCGACGCGAAAUGGGCGAGCAAGGGAUCUUGGCCCGAGAAAGCCAACGAUUCCUGGAUGGAUCAGUCCAGCAUAACUCUGUGGCCAGAGAAGUCGAGCGUCCCAGAACUCUGGUCAGAGAAAUCGGGCAAACCGAGCUCUUGGUUCGCGAAGACGAAAGACCCGGACAGUUGGUCGUCGAAGCAAGGCAACUCGGACUCGUGGAAGAUGAAAGGGGACUGGCUGACGAAGCCUGAGUCCAGCUCUUGGAUGUCGAAGCUCGAGGACAAGAGCUCCUGGGCGCCGAGGAGCGGCUCCUGGUCGACGAAGUCAAACGAAUCCUGGACGUCCAAGACGAACGACGACGUGUCCAAGUUCAACGGAGACCCCUGGUCCGGGAAGAUGAAAGAGGAAGACCCAGGGGACACCUGGGCCAGGAAGUCGAGCGAGAACGGCUGGAACUCGAAGGGUAACGAGCUGUCUCCGUGGCAGCAGAAGAUGAACGACGAGUGGAGCUACGGGAAAACGAGCUCGACCGGUACGUGGCCCACCAAGUGGAAGCAGUUCGCGUAUCACAGGGUAACCGCGAUGCCGAUCUCUAAACCAGGAACCACCGCAGACGCCGCCUCGUCCAAGUCAAAAAACGCGUUCGUCGCGGUGUCCGCGGUCUCCUCGCCCAAGUACACCGGAAACGACUGGAGGAAGAACGAAGACGACACAAGAAACGAAAAUGGCCACGGGGACGAGCAGGAGCGAACGGGUAAUCAGCUGCAAGUGGGCCUGGAGCGACCGAUCUACGCCUGGAAGAAGGAUCCCGUGCUUCGCGGCGGUUCGACGAAAGGCAAUAGCAGCGACCCGCUGGAGAACCAGCUGGAGGCACUCAGGCAAAUUGACUUCUGGUCCUACAAAGAGAACGAGGCCGAGAAGAGACUGGCAUCGACGAGCGCGACCACGGAGACGACGUCCACGGCCCCGAUAAGCAACUCCACGACGACCACGGCGCAGCGUCGCGGCGCCAUGAUGACAGGAAACGGCAACGGCCUGAUCGAGACGAAUCGGCGGAUGAUCUCGAUGAAAUAGAUCGAAGCUUCACCGUAGAUCCUUGAUCUUGCCCGAUGGGUACCGGUCUGUUCAGUCGACAAUAGGCUACGCGAAGUCUCCGAGCAAUUUCCAACGACUCUCUGGCCCCCUGCCAAGGUGCACCGUAGCCUACCAGUCCGCGAGCAGAGCACGAUCCUGAGAUUUACAAUUUCAUCCACGCCACGCCGAAUGGGGAGCCCUCUCUCGCCUUGACAUCUCUACCAGAGUCUUAUUUUUACGCUUCUUCCACCGUCCCCUUCUAUUCUGUAACGCUGUAACUCCUAUUACUCUGUAUCCGUAAUACUUGCUCGCUGUUUUCUAACCCCUCGUUCCGCUUUAUUUCGCUUUAUUUCGCUUUAUUUCGAGAAUUUCUGUAAACGACGCUGUGCACCGCGUUUCGCGGAGCAUCGUUGAAUCUCGUUGACCCCUGCGCCAUGCUUGCCGUGCUUGCGUGGACGCGUAGAAAGAAUCAAUGGCUCGGGGAAAUGUUGCUUCCGAAGGAAAAGGGAAACGUUACCUUUUUCCUCCCUGUAUCUUCGUUCCCCGUACUCUUAUUUUCCCGCGCAAAGAGGUCGAACUUCAAAACCCUUCUGCCAGUUUGCUGGAUGGCCAUCAACCGACAGGGUCGAUUUCAGCGUCGGCGGUCCUCGAAUUUCUCAACUCCCCGCUCGCUGGCUCUCCUCGACGGCCUUUUCUCCCUCUCUCUCUCCCCUUUUCGCCCUUUCUUUUUUUACCUAGCCUGGAUUUCCGGAAGCAAUUUUCCCAAUAGCGGUAUUCGCCCCGAAACGCUCUUCAUCUCGAAUUUUAUUUUUAUUUCGACCCUUCGAAGCCCGGCAAGAGAAUGAAUCCUAAGACGCAAGGCGGAAGUCCGGAGAGAGGAGGACCCCCGGCGUAAGCUCCAUAGCUGUCCACGGGACCGGAAGUGGAGUUCGCAGCUCGAGGACCUGCUCGCAAACUCGCUCGUUCCGGGGACAAAGGACUCUUAGGCUUCGAAUAAUUCGAGGGAAAAAUUUUAAAUCAAAUCCUCGCAUUUACUUUGCAUCCGCUUUAAGUAAUUAAAGUCCUUUCGCAUUCCACGGGACUUCUAUCGCGCUGGGAAGAAAGUCGUCGAGCUGAGACUCGUGUAUACCGGGUGGACCGAUGAAAACAACCAUUUAAAGUAACUCCCGAGUACUCGCAACUAGCGUACGUUCCACGUCUCUCGAGAUGUCGAGGUAAAUCUUCGGUUUCUCGACUAGCCUUGUAUAUUUUGCAGAAAUGCCUUGCGUUCACCUCGGAUGAACGAUUAAAAUCGAAGGAAAAUUCGUGGACAGUGAUUCCUACGAGAUCCCACUGAAGAAAGGAAAGCUGAUUACCUCGACGUCUCGAAAGAUUCGCGACUUGGAACAAUCCAAGCCGAGCCUGGUAUCUCGCGAAAGCAAAGAGAAAGAAGCAAACGCAGGAAAAAUUUUAUCGGGAACAUGCUUCGCCUGGAUUGGUGGAAAAUAUUUUAAUCGAGUGGCCUGAUAAUCGUUUGAUAAUCGGCCCUGGAAGUAAUCGCGGCUAAUUAAUUGCUAUAGCAGAUUACACAUCGCGAAAGGUAGAAUGUCUGAGAUUAUCGAUGAUAAAUUAUAAAUGGCGGCGGUUCACGGUGCACCGGUCGAGGGGCUAACGUAAGAGCUUGUACGCUUUCGCAACCACGGAAACUGUGUAACUUCGCUGCGCAGAGAGUUUAGUAGGAAAUCGAGCGAAUAUUUUUUCUACGGGACUGAAAUUGUCGGUCACGGCCUAACGCCGUUGAAUUCUAGCAAACUGUUCAACCCUUCGAGUGCCCUUAACGCAUCGCGAGUUGGUUCCUCUUGUCUGUUAGAGAAGCGGAAGAUCGAAAGGCAACGGCCACGAUUGCGGCAGAGAGAAAAGGGAAAGCGAGCGAACGAAUAAAACAGUAAAAAAUCGAAACAAAUUGCGUCAUUUCGAAUUGAUCAAAGCGAUCUCGAGAGCGUGUACCAGCGACUUUCAGCGUGUCAACCCGGCCAUCUCUGCGUUCGCCAAUUCGUUCGGCGAUGCUGGAAUUAGGGAACAAGCGGCGAGCAAGAAGAAUCCAUGACAAUAUUUGACAAGUGGCAUUAAGAAUCUAGGAAGCUCGUCCAGCUCGAGGAAGAGGUAUUAUGGGAAACGUGGGAGGAUUCGAGCGCGUUGUUCUUUGUAAGAUAAACCAAGUCGUUGGGUGUUGCUGUGAGAAUCGACGAUCGAGCACCAUGGUCUCUUGGCACCCUUUAACCUAAUUGGCGAAAAUGAUCGUCUGGUUGACUCGGGAAUAGCGGGGAAAUUGGUACGUCUUGACGUUUUAAGAUCGCGCGUGCAUCGGUAGGAAACGAGGCCAGCAGGAUUUUCUCGAGGAAAUUUGUCAGAGAAAAGAGGACAGUACCGCGUUAGAGUGUCGCCUUCGAUUUACAUAUCAUUUAUAUUGAAUUUCGUUUAACGUCGCAACUCGCACCGACGAGCCUCGAGGCAGCUCGAGGAGCUGCAGAGCUGUUGAACCGUAGAGGGUAAGCUCGGCGAGUGUAUCGAUUGGGG